AUCUAAUUUUAGUCCCUUAAAUCUCAUCCAAUUACAGACCGACCUAAUUGGUUCUUGAUCCAACUCAAAACCUUAACCCACAACUUAAAACUUAUCCUAAUUAUAUUGAUAUUGUAAGCAGACCCCCAACCAAACUAGCGACCUCUUCAUUUAACGUUCCUCAAACCAUCGGGUAAUGGCGAAUUAAUCUCGACGGUUUUUGCCUUUCUCCUCAACAACUUUUCUCUAUUUAUCUAGUCCAUCUCCAUUAACAUACGGCCAAAUACACUCAAUUAUAUUUCUAUUUAUUGAUUUCUUAAAGCCUGUGUCAAGAGUAUAUCAGUUUGCAGCUGCGGUUCUCCUGUUGAAAUCGACGCGAAGGGUUUAUAAUCAAUUUUUUUUCAUGGAUCCUAAAUAUACUGCAGAAACCUUGAAGCAUCUGGAGAAAGAAAGUGAAUUACUGUCGAAUGCCCAUAAAACUAUGUCUGAUGAAUUACACAGGCUUCAGGUUGAGGAAGAAAUGCUGAUGCGCAAGUUCCAUGAACUUAUGUCUGCUCAUGGUCUAGCUAAAAAGAAAGGUUUCAAUGAUAAUGCCGAGGAAAGGCAGAAUGGUCGGGAAGGAGCACUGGUCAACAUGACAAAUGGUGCUGAUGAAAGAGAGAAUGGUUGGGAAGCAGCACUGGUUGACAUGACUGAUGGUGCUGAUGAAAGGCAGAAUGACCUGGAAGGAGCUGUCAGUUAAAUGACAAAAGGUGAUCGAUCACUAAUGAAUAAGUGAGAUAGAUAUGGUUCCUAAGCUAUCUAUAAAGAAAUCCGUUGUUAGCCGAGUAUCCAAUUUUUGGGCUCACAUUGCAGAUAGAUGCUUUUAGAUUGUUUCUCACACAGAUCUCUCAGCUCCACAAAAAGCAAUAUGCGAUUUAUGCUUCUUAAUAGCAUAGAUGAUACAAGCUGUUUCCCAUGUUUCUGUCCAAAUUUGUACUUGCUUAGUAAUUUAAUCAAAAGAGCUCUCGUCUUGCAACA